AUGGCUAAUUGCCGCGACCCUACUGGCCGGUCCGGUUUCUUCACGGAAUGCGCGGCGUAUCACAGGCCUCCGCUGCGCGAAUUGUCUCCCGUUGCAUGCUUCAGCCCAUCUGUACCGCUUGCGAUCCGAGAAGCGUGGGUUGCACACGGAGGGUCGAUAGUGCAGUCCGCCAAGGACAUCGUGAAGGCGCGGUACUUCUUCUGCGGAGGCACGAGGGACCCAUGGCUACCAAGACUCAUGGAGAAGUCAAUUGCUGUCUUCCACGCCAACUGGAUCGUCAAUGCUGUCGCAGAGAACUUUCCUAUCACAAUAGUGAAAUACGUGCUGGAUAGCCCGUGCACGGCCUCACCUCUGUCCCAUCCGAGCAAUGCAUCACUUCACUCGGACUGCUGCGAGGUCAACCCACCUCCGCUUCACAGCCAAAAUGCCCAGGAACUCAUACGCCCCUCGCCCCCAAAGCCGGCUCUCCCGAGCAAGCGGCCGUUCAUUCAGGAUGACGUGCCGCAGACAGACCAGCGUCCGCGCAAGAAAGCACGCUUCGCAAAACUGGAGGUGGGGUCCAAAUCCAAGCGCAUACAGAAGGCGAACUCUGCCAGAGAGAAUGACGAGGACCACCCGUUCUGCCACGACAGCGAUGGAGACGAAGACUGCGUGCCGCAUAUCGACCUGUGCAAGCUGUCGAAGUUGGCGCGGACGUCUGUUGCGAAGGGAAGCAAGAACGCCGCCUUGAAGAUCCGCCAGGUCCGCAAUGUGGCCGCAACGAAGGGCAAGCCUCCUAUGAGAGAAGACGUAUGGAGAUCGCUGUUGGGUCCCGACUGCUUCGAUUCACAGGUCUCUAUAUCUGCUGCCUUGGAUGCUCUGCGCGACGUGUCCACUGCUAAAUCUGCGCCUUUCCGGCCGGGGAGCUCUCACCUAGGGAAAACGUUCCAAUGCUGCUACGUCGAGUCUUUGUCAUCCGCAGUUUGA